AUGAGUGUACCGGCGUACGACCCUGGUCCAGAGCAAUUUCAACAGUUUCCACCAAAUAGAAUUAUUGUAAUACACCCUGGCUCACUCUACGUAAGAAUAGGCAGAGCAUCUGACUUACUUCCAGUUAAACAAUUACACUGUAUUGCUAGAAAACGACGUCCGGAUGGGAAAAUAUACCGAGACCCGUUCGUGCCGCCAAGUAUACCCAAAACUAAAGAACUAAUCGAGGAAUUAGAAGAGUGUCGCCUCCAAAUAUCACACACUCUUCAGUCCUGUAUGCAGUCCAAUGGAGCUCGAAGAUAUGCUACUCCUCCACAGCAAAUUGCUGCUUUCAAUAGAAGGUCUUUGCCAGAAUUCGUUAGUGAUGGAGAACCAUGGCCACAAGUUGAGUGUGACAUUAUUGUUGGAGAUUUAGUAUUAGAUAUAGAUCCAGAACUUGCAUAUAACAUACAUUUCCCUUACAAAAGAGGUGACUUCAAUAUCCAUUCUGAAAUUGGUGGUUCUAUCUCAUCAGUAUUAAACGAUUUGUACACAAUAUGGAGUUCAAUUAUUGAAUAUAAACUUGGUAUACCACUUAUAGAGCUAGUGAAGUAUAGGUGUGUAUUGCUAAUACCUGAUAUUUACUCUAGAAGCCACUUGAAGUGUUUGAUGUCAUUAUUACUAAAAGAUUUAGGAUUUGGUCACUGUUUUCUGGUGCAGGAGAGUGUAGGGGCAACAUUUGGUGCUGGCAUAGGAUCUGCAUGUGUAGUAGAUAUUGGAGACCAAAAAACUGCAAUAUCAUGCGUUGAAGAUGGCAUUUCACAUAAAGCAACUAGGUUGAGAAUGGACUACGGAGCUGGGGAUGUCUGCCAGACAUUAUCUUGGAUGUUCCAUAAAAGUGCCUUCCCUUAUAAGAAUUGGAAUGAAAAUAUCCCAAGAGAUGUAAUGUUGAUGCGUAAUCUUUAUCAAAAUUUUUGUCAUGUGAACCUUGAUGUAUGUGGCCCACAAGAGAAAACAUUUUUGGUAGAUCACCCAGGAGAUAUUAUCAAUAAAUAUACACUGCAAGUAGGUGAUGAAUGCAUUAUAUCACCACUUUCAUUAUUUUACACAGAUCUGUUAAAAAUCACAGGUCCAAAGACAACAAAAAUUCAGAAUCGUCAACCUAGCGAUCCUGAAGAUCCUUUUGAUGCUGAGUUUCUCAGAGAAACUGGAAGGAAACGAGAAACUGCUGAUCCAACUGCAAAUGAAAGUCAACAGUUUGAAACUGCAAAUGAAGCACAGCCAACAAAUAAUGCUGAUGAGGAUAUUGUUGUUGAUACAUUAGAAGGGGGCCCCGGAGACAUAGUAUCAUUAGCACCUGGACAGGUUUUGGGCCUAGACGCAGCCAUACUACAGAGCAUAGAUAGAAGUUCUAGCGAAGAGUUAAAGAGAAAGAUGUAUAGCAGUAUUUUAAUUGUCGGAGGUGGUGUAAAAGUUCAUGGAUUAAAUUUAUGGUUGCAAAACCGCUUAGCCCUUCAAAUACCUUACACAUACAAGACUGAACAGCUGGAAAUAGUUACAUCACCUAAGGAUAUUGAUCCAGCCAGUACAGUGUGGAAAGGAGCUGCAGUUAUGUCCUGCUUAGAGUCUGCAAUAGAAUUAUGGAUUAAUCAGAGUGAAUGGAACAAAUUUGGUUUGAAGAUAUUGAGAGAAAGAGCACCAUUUAUUUGGUGA